CGAACAUUCCUCCAGCAGAAGGGGUCCGUCGUAUGCCUUCCGAAGUUCAGUCAUUCGGAGACACCGUUUGUUAAUUUAGUUGAAUCACGAAAUCCAUCUCUACUUAAGUAUUGCGAGAAUUUUAUUGCAAAUGACAUUAAGAUUGAAAGCGAACUCCUUUUGCUGACCGGACCUAAUAUGGGCGGAAAGAGUACUCUAAUGCGACAGUUGGGGCUCAUUGUGAUUAUGGCACAGAUGGGUGCUUACGUUCCGGCAAAGGAAUGCACUCUCACUCCUGUGGACCGCAUAUUUACACGUCUCGGCGCUUUUGAUCGCAUCGUUGAGGGCGAGAGUACUUUCUUCGUUGAAUUAAGCGAAACAGCCGUUGUUUUGAAGCACUCGACCAAACAUUCACUCGUUUUAAUCGACGAAUUGGGUAUUCAUUGA